AUGGUGGAUAUUGAACAUACAUGUCGAAUCUGUCGUAUGGAAGGAACUCCACUGGAGCCUCUAUAUCACCCUUGUAAAUGUCGAGGUUCCAUCAAAUAUAUCCAUCAGGAUUGUUUGAUGGAGUGGUUAAAACAUUCCAACCAAUCUAGUGAAAAAUGUGACAUUUGCAAUACAUCAUACAAAUUCAAAGUCAUAUAUGAUCCAAAUAUGCCUAGGAUUAUACCCUUCCCCCUUGUUUGGAAUAAAUUUAUUCAGGUUGCAUCUAGCACUGUUAUCAAAAGCAUUAGUAUAUUUUUGUACGUGCUAUGCAUCAUCAUACAAGUACCAAUAUUUUGGAAAUUUUGUGGGCGUGUAUAUACUUGGGCCAUAGAUGGAAGAUUACCUGUAAAUAAUCCCAACUUCCUUGACGCAUUAUACUUUGGGAACUUCAGCAUACUGGAAUUUACUCAGAGUUCAACAUCAUCACAACUUGCAUUGCUAAAAUUGAGAAAAUUUCUCAGCCAUACGUACUUUAGUGGAGUUAGGUACAUUUUAGUUGGAAUUAUUAUUCAUAUUGCAUUGUUUGUUGAACGAGAAUGGGUUGUGCGUGACGAAGGAUAUUUGAAACUAUUGCAUCGCAAGAUCGGCAAAGAACCAAAGACACAGUUGGUUGAUAUGUUGCAAAAUGCAUUGGAUGUGUUGAGAAGACAAGAGAAUCAAAAUGAAAGGGAGGAUGUGGUGCAAGAGGCAAACUUGAAUCGUGCCAUUGACAGUUUACAAAACCGUGGCGAACAAAUGAAUGCACGAUAUGAAGAGGAGUUGAGAAGAGCUGUCAAUAGAGGUGAGAUUUUUAAUGGAGAUCUACAGCAAAAUGGCGACGACCAUAGACAUGAACGUCAUGAUGAUGUGGAGGUCAUUCAUGAAGACGACGAUAACAUAGUUUUCGAUGAUGCAAUCAACCAAAAUGAACCACCGCAAGAUGCACAUAGGGUUCUCGUGAAUGAUGAGCCCGACUCUGACGAUGAAGCUGAAGUGCAUCAAGCGUUGGAAGAGGAUUUCGAACAAAUGGCACAAGAAGAAGGAAACAACAAUGGCGGUGGUGCUAUUGGAGAAAUUAUGGAAGUAUUCGGUAUCAUUUUGAAUAUAAAGACGCCACUUUUCCUCAUGGUUGUCUGUGAUUCUAUCAUCACUGCAUAUUUGUUUUUGAUUUAUGUGGUGCCUUACAUCUUGGGUGAUUUGUUUGUAUUUGUUUCUGGUUCCGCUUUCAAGUAUAUUGUCGCAGGUGUUCCUGAGCCCAAUUGGAACAUCAACAUCAAAACAGGUUAUGAAUUUGUUGAUUUUUCAAUACUCACUAUUCAAGACUACAUCGUGGAGCCUUGCGUAAACACUUUCAAGGACUUGGUUUAUCCUAAUAGUGCACAGUACAGUUUAGUUGAUCGAGUUUUGGUUCUUAGUUUCGGCUAUGCAAUCAUUGGUAUCACGAUACAUAAUAUUAUGAAAAGCUUAACUUCAGGACGUAAGCCAAUUGUUGGGUCAUCAAGGCGGGUCUAUAAGGUGUUAUUUGAAUUGAGUUCCACAGCUAAAGUGUUUGUCAUUUUUGCCAUUGAGAUCUUUUUCUUCCCAGUUUACUGCGGUUGGCUAUUAGAUUUUUGUGCUGCUCCUUUAUUUCUUGAAAAGUUUACUCAAGCGACCAAAUCAGGUACAACAUUUAUCCUAUUCCUUACGUCGAUCGACAGCUGGACUCAAGUGCCCUAUAUUCGUACCCUGCUUUAUUGGGCUUCCGGUACUUUGUACAUGUUGUUUUUUGCCUUGUUUGUGGGAAUGGUGAGAAAUACAAUUUUACGUCCUGGUGUGUUGUACUUCAUCCGCAGUCCUGAUGACCCAAAUGCUAGAUUGAUCCAUGAUGCUUUGGUUAAGCCAUUGGGGUUGCAAUUAUCGAGAAUUUAUCUUAGUGCAAAGGUUUACACUGGUUUCAUUUUGUUUGGAAUUGGUGGUGUUACUUGGGGAUUGAGAUAUAUGGUUGCUCCAAGUCAUGGAAAGUACAAUGUAAUGUUACCUAUGGAAUUCCUGCUCACCCCUAGUGGCUUGAUUUUUAUGGUUCCAUUAGGGUUGAGCUCGGCAUUCAUUAGACAGAUGUUACCGUUGAUUACAAAAUAUGUGAGAAUGUACUGGUCGAGAGCGUUUGAAAUCAGUGUGCACAAAUUGAGAUUAUCUCAUUUCAUCUUGGGUAGACCAGUUCUGUACGAACGUGGACAUACUAUUUAUCGUAAUUGGAAAGAGCAAAUUUUGGCCACUGCUAAACCAGAUUAUACCAACCCGGUGACUUAUAGACAAGCACAAGAGAUUUUUUCAACAAAUCAAGAAAUCAAUGCAUGCUUUGUUCCUGAUGGGUAUUAUGUACGUGCUCCUGAUAAUGAUACUGUUUCGCGGAAAUUUAUUAAAAAAUUGUUUGUACCCGUGACUAAAGAUGACAAGUUGCUAAGGGAUAUCAAUGAGAAUGAUUUGAAGCAGUCGGGUUAUGAAACACCAUCGAGUGAAGAGGAAGAAUUAAAUACUGAUGAUGCAUAUUGUGUUGUUUAUCGUCCACCGAAUUUCAAAUUGCGUUGUUUUGCCUUAAUUUUGAUGCUUUGGGUAUUCGCCGUAAUCCUUAUCUUGUCCGUGGUGCUAAUCGCAUUGGUGAUGGGACGACCACUAGCUGUUGCUCAACUGGGUAUAUUUGACAAUACCUUGCCUUUGUUUUCACCGGGGGAAAUUAAUUGGAAGUUGGCUGAUCUGGUUAGCCUAAUUUACGGAUUGUUAUUGGAAUUCAACAUUCUUAAAUUAGUUGACAAGUAUGUUGAACAGAAAAAUCAACAAGGUGGUGGUAAUGAAGUUGAUGCAGAGGAGAGACCAAGAGCAAGAAUAUUUGAGAAUUUGUUUGGCUUUGUUGCCGGUAAUGCCAAUCAACAAAAUCGAGUUGCUAUAGUUAAAGUUUUCGCUUUGUCUUUGAUAGUUACCCUUUGGUUUUAUUGGAUUGCUUCUGUUCACAUCUUGUGUAUUGAUUUCCCAUUACAAGUGUGGUUCAAAACAUCAAUCACCAAGAUGGAGCCUAUGCCCACCUUUGUUCAUUUUGUUGCCUCUUGGUGGACUUUAUUGCCAGCAAUAAUGUACUUGGUCAAAACGCAAGCUAGAGACUUGGAUUUUCAACAAAGUAUAAAAUCAAUGGGAUUUGGUUACCUAUUGUUGAAUUAUGCAUUGAUUUACAUUCCAGGAUUGAGUUAUACUGCAUGGAAGAUUAGUAAUAAAAAGACGGUGACUUUACGAGAUGUUGACAUUCCCGGGCCGGGAUAUUUCCCUGUUGCGUGGACAAGUUCAUUUGUCUUGUUUGCAUUGUAUCGAUCAUUGAAUAAUGUCAUCAAAUUUUAUGAUUAUAUUGGUCAGCAAAUCAAAGCGGAGAAAUACGUCAAAGGAAGAGCAAUUGUUAAUGAUGAUGAGGAUGUAAAUGAAGGAGAAAGAUUAUAG